AUGGUCGUCGUGGAUGGGAAGAAUCAAACAAUGCACAUGUCUGUGAAGAAAGAGUUCAUAAGGAAAUAUGAGAAUUUGUUGGAAGAAGAUAUGAUCAAAAUCUUUACCAACUUUCAACACGGCACUGUUUACAAGAUCCAGUUCGCCUCUACUACGUCUGUGAAACCAGCUGAAGAAUUGGAUCCAACUGUCUUAGGUUUGAAAUUUGUUAGUUUCACUAACAUUCAUGAUGGCAAACUCAGUCCAGACUUCUUGAUAGCUGUCGUUGGUCAGAUCGUUAGUAUUGGAAAAGUUGAAAUAUUGAACGUGAACAAGAAACAAACAAAACGUCUUACCAUGACCCUAAGUGACGCAAGUGAUAUCCGUUUGAAUUGUGUUCUAUGUGGUAACUACGCUGAGAACCUUGAAAGUGUUGCUACUAAUUCAGCUGACGCUGUCAUUGUGUUUGUGUUGCGGUUUGGAAAGUUGCAUCUAUACCAAGUUGACCAACUGAUGAGAACUAUAAGUGAGAUAACCGCUGCCUUCGAGGUUGCAAAAUGUGUAACAACAAUCAUGUCUAUUGACACUGAAUUUGGAUGGUUCUACAUGUCAUGUAAUGCAUGUGCCAAAAACGUUCUUCCACGUGACAUGGAUGAGAUGAGGGAGCUGUAUCCGGGCAGACUUUUUCCUAAAUAA